AGUGUGUGUAUGUGUGUGUGGGUAUGUGUGCGUGCGUGUAUGUCUGAGCGUAAUUGUUCUGUCUUGUGAGUGUGCAGAGAAAUUCUGUGAAGUUUUCCGCUUCAUUUGUGUGGUUUUCAAGUUGCAAGUGAAAAGAAAUCAAUCGAAAAGCGAUUCGCCGGAAUCUGAAUCGAUGUAACUUCGAGGAAUUAUCUUCCGUCGCGCAUGCACAUUCCACUACAGCAGUCGCUAGAAGAUGAGAAAGACGCGGCAAGCCGCUGAAUUUACUGAGCUCAAGGAAUUGGUAAAUCAACUACGAGUGUGCGAUUUACAGCAAUUGCUUGGCGAACACAACAUCAGUCGAAGUGGUCGCAAAUCGGAUCUAGUUGAUCGUGCUCUGAAUCUAGUUCGGCAGAACGUUCAAGUACUGAAGCAUCGAGUGCGUGAAUUGCAUCGAAAGGCUCAGCAGGAAGCCCAGGAACUAUUGACGUCGUCCACGACCAGCACAUCAGGCAGUGGUGCGGGCGACCAGUCGCUGCUGCCACAGGUCGUGCUACAGCCGGUCGAAACCAACCCGCUCGCCGUACAGUCGCUGCUAGCGUCCGGCGGACAUAUUGCCGGUGGUGCCAACAACGGUACCGUUGUGAGCCACAGCACGACGUCCAGUGGGCGCACCGGUACGGCCAUGUAUCAGCAACAGUACGCGAACGCCGUCCAGACCGACAACCGUGUUGGGCAGGUGCAUGCCAACGGCAGCAUGGCCGUGCCCGGGUACGGCGACUACCCGAUACAUCCCGAUGUGCAACUGAAAAAGCUGGCCUUUUUCGACGUUAUGGCCACCCUGCUGAAGCCGGCCACGCUGGUACCGAGCAACACUGCCCAGCGGGUGCAGGAAGGUUCCUACUUCUUUCAUCUGACGCCGCAGCAGGCGAACGAAAUUGCGCUGAACCGUGACAUCAGCAAUUCCGCUAAAAUAGAGCAUAACGUGCAGGUUCAGCUUAGAUUUUGUCUGCUAGAAACAACCUGCGAGCAGGACGAUCACUUUCCGCCCAACAUUGUGUUGAAGGUGAACAACAAACUGUGCCCGUUGCCGAAUCCAAUUCCCACCAACAAGCCAGGGGUGGAACCAAAAAGACCACCCCGACCGGUCAACAUAACAGCGCAGGUGAAGCUAUCGCCGACGGUGGCCAACCACAUCUCUGUAUCCUGGUGCACGGAGUACAACCGCGGGUAUGCAGUAGCAUGCUACUUAGUGCGCAAGCUGUCGUCGGCUCAACUCUUACAAAGGCUGAAAACUAAGGGCGUCAAAGCGGCUGAUUACACUCGAGCAUUAAUUAAAGAAAAGCUGAAUGAAGAUGCUGAUUGUGAAAUUGCAACCACUAUGCUAAAAGUGUCGUUAAUUUGUCCAUUGGGAAAGAUGCGCAUGACCACACCUUGCCGCUCAUCGACGUGCUCUCAUCUACAGUGUUUCGAUGCGUCGUUAUAUCUGCAAAUGAAUGAGCGUAAGCCAACAUGGAACUGUCCCGUGUGUGAUAAACCGGCGGUAUACAACAAUCUUGUUAUCGAUGGCUACUUCCAAGAGGUAUUGGUUUCGACAAAACUAUCGAGCGAAGAUACAGAAAUCCAACUCCACAAGGAUGGUUCCUGGAGCACGCGAGUUAAGCUAAACGAUUCUGAUGAUGGAUCGCCUAGUAAAGCGGUGCAAAAGGUCGAAGUUAUAUCGGAUGACAUUGAAGUAAUAACGACGGAUCCACCAAAACCGAUUGUAUCUCAGACUUCUGUCAUCUCGACAAACGAACCAACGUCUACGACUACCUCCAGCGAAACGGUGGAUUUGACGCUCAGCGACUCUGACGACGAUGCUCCUGCCAAGCGAAAGAAAAUCAGCGCCCGCACAAACGGUACUGGAAGUUCGAAUAAUCCUACAUCGUCGUCUUCCUCCUCUUCGACUUCUGCGGCAGGCAGCUCAUCCACUAGCGCCGGGGCCGUAACUCGCUCUAAAGUGAACGAAGAUCCUUCAUCGUCAGUAAUAAUGCUCGACUCUCCCUCGCCGCCAUCAACACCUAACCCACCGCACAACGGAAGUAACGAUGUGUCUUCAACCACGACUCCAUCGCUGGCGGCAUUUCACUACCAUCAACAACAAGAAUCUCCUGGUGGAAGCGGCGGUUCAAAUGAGCAAAUGAGCAAUUUUCAAAUCAACCCACUUGCAUUGCACCGAUAAUAAUCCAUCCCUCAUCGAAUAGACAUCUUCACCAAAAAUCGCCCGAGUAAAGCGGAAACAGUCGAGGAAGAGCGGCAACCAAUUCCAAUAUUUUUAUUCAAAAUUUAACAUUGUACCACGUGCAGCCAACCAAGUGCAUAUUCAUAUAUUUCUUGAUUAGUAUACUCUAAUACAUACCCCAGGACUAGGUUUUUUUUUAUUUGCCGGAUUAGAUUUAACAUCUUACGUUAGGUCUUAAUGUUUGUGCAAACGGCGCCAUUCGGCAAAAAAAGCUAUUUAUUUAGCGGUCGAGACAACAAACUAAUUGAAAGGAGGAAAUAGGUGCUUCUCCACCUGGGCUGCAGUUGGGAAGACAUAAUUUUAACUUGAAAUUGUCGAUAAUUGCUAGCCUAUAGAAGCUGAAUAACUUGAUGUUGUUUUACUUUGGUUCUGCUACAGUUCAGUGUAUGACCUAAGAAGUUUUGUUUUGUGUUUUGGUUUGUAAUUUCUAUUUUAUUGCUCUUUUUAAUGAAUCGAUCAUAUUAGCAAUCGUUUCAUGCUGAAUUUGUACUGCAGUGAAUGGUGAACAGCCAAUAUUUGGAAGAGUUUCUACAUCUAUCGUAAUGGACCGGAGCUAUAUUUAUGUAAUAAAAAAACCCUGAUACAUCCAUGCACAAUCAGACACCAUAGUCGAGAACUGACCGUAGUAGCGGUGCGCGUUUAUGUGAUUCAAUGGGAUGUGCGAAUGUGGUGGUGUGGUCAAUUGGAAUUGGGUAAGAAUGUGAAUAGAUAUUCAGGAGAUUUUCUUUUAACAAAUGCAGCAAAAACUCACUUUGCAUUGUCAGAGAAAAUGAUUACAAACUGUCGUUGAAAGAGGAGAAUGGUGAUGCGCUGAUUAUAAUAAGGUUUUUGAACGGUAAAUGCCUUAAUCAUCGAUCAACUGGUUCUUAUCGACGACUCAUGUCGUAGAGGGAAGGAACUGAUUAUAUACUAGAGUAAGUUUAUUGAAAAGUAAUUAUCCUUAUACACCAUUUCUAUGGUAGUCCCCCAAAAGUUCAAGCAGUAUGUUGAAACAGAUAUUUAACUUAUGACUUUUUUUUGGUAAAAUAGUGAGCACUAUUAUGUGCAUUUUUUUUGCUGGACAUUAUUAAAGAGCACUUGUCGUUUACGCGAACAUUGCCAUGAAUUUACCCGACACACAACCGUAGACUUUCAUUUCUAACAGAGUACGACUCUCUCAACUUUUAUCGUUUUUUUUAUAUAUAUGUAAAAACUUGUAAUUUGACAUGAAAAAUACAUGAAUUGAAAUACGAA